ACUCGCGCGCAGCGAAGAACAGCGACGACACGAUCCGAUCCGAUUCGAUCAGUCCGAUCGCCAUUUCCGUCCGCCGCGGAGCUUCGGGAGGGAGGCAGGCAGGAGCGCUCGCGCGCGAAUGGCGGCGGCUAUGUCGGUCGCGCUGCACAGCGGCCGCGGGGUCGAGGUCGAGCCCCCCGGGUUCUCGAUCGGCGCCGUCCGGCCGCCCUCGGCCUUCGAUCCGCCGGAACUCGACUCCUCCGGCGGCGAGGGGGGCGGCGCGGCGGCGGCGAGGCCGGCGCGGAGCAGCUCGUCGUCGUCGUUGUCGUCCUCGAUCGGGAAGGACAGCGACGACACCGGGAACCGGUCGUCGGGGGGAGGGGGGGAGGAGGAGGAGGACGGGGAGGAGCACGAGGUGCAGAGCUUUUACAAGGGGCCGCUGGAGAUGAUGGACGCGCUGGAGGAGGUCUUGCCUAUGAGGAGGGGCAUAUCAAAGUUCUAUGAUGGCAAGUCGAAAUCUUUCACAAGCUUAGCAGAUGCUUCUUCUUCAUCUGUAAAAGAGAUCGCGAAACCUGAAAAUGCCUUUAGCAGAAGGCGCAGAAAUAUGCUCGCAUCCAGUUACACGUGGGACAAAAGCCGCAAUUUCCCUCUUAGAAGCAACAUAGCGGGGAUAUCUAAGAGACCGCUCAGCUCGAGCAAGAGUACAUUGGCCCUGGCGGUCGCUAUGUGCAACUCAGAGAGUUUUAGUUCCACAAGUGAAGACUCUAGUACCAGCUCUGUUUCACGAUCUCCUCCUCGGCUUCCACCUCUUCAUCCGCGUGGGAAGGGUUCUCAUAACCAGAUUGCUUCUCCUCAACGGAAUUUCUCGCCCUGGCGGUCGUACUCCUUAGCUGAUCUGCAGCAAUGUGCAAACCGAUCGAGCUCAGCCGUCUAUGACUCGGUUACUGAAAAAGCUGACUUUGAGGAUAUAGCUUGAGAACUGUAGAUUGUGCUAGGCUCGGUUCGGUUUAGUUUCCAUGAGGUUCAUUCGUGUUCAGGGGGGUGGGCGGGCGGUUGGGGGGGGCGCGGGUUGUAUGGGUUUUAGUCAGGUUUUGGAUACAUGUUCCACUUGUACUAAUUUAUUUCUCUACGAGAGUUUCAGGACAUUGCAAAACUACGAGGUGGGCAGUGCGACCGCUACAUCUGAGGUUCAAAGCCAUUGCCCAUGUAUUUUGCGGGACGAUGGACUGGAAGUUUGUAAAUAUGUUCACUAGCAUCAAAGAAAUUGUAGUCUAUUUGUAAUGCUCGUGUGUUUUCUGCUAAAUCAAAUGCCCUAGGGCUUGUGCUGUUGAA